CUUUGAAAUAAUCAACUUGUCAAAUUUAUUUAAUAUGUUACGAGUGUUUGGUAUCUAGAUAUCUAUGUUACGUUUCAAAUAGAAUAUUAUGCAAAAGUUCAAAAAUUCACUAUAAUUUCAACGCUGUCUCAUGCUAUAAUUAUGGUCGCUAAGAGCUCGACAUUCCCGGGGUUCACACCUAUCUCCGAUCGAAUCUUUCUCCGCAAUGAAGAUUCCAACCCCGAUUCCGAUCCACUCGAGACCACUCAGCAGAACCAACCAACAACGAUUGUUGUCUACGGCUGGGGUGAUGGUCUCCCUAAACAUGUCGCGAAAUAUGUAGAUGGUUACCAUAAAUUAUUCCCGGCGGCUCGGAUUUUGAUGGUUAUUUCGUCGACUUUCGCAGCGUCAUAUGAAUCGCUCGAAAAGCGAACGAAGGUCAUGCUGCCCAUCAUCGACGCCGUAUUCUCGGACCCGGAUGAUGAAUCGCAACGAGUCAUUCUGCAUGCGAUGUCCAAUACCGGAGGGAUAUAUAUGGCCGCGACGUUAAACGCUUUCCAGUAUCGCCACGGAAAAGACAAGACGCUUCCACACCACCUGUGUGUGGUUGACUCCACACCUGGAAGCACUGUGUUUUCAACAGAAGUAAGCAAAUGGGCUAAGGCGAUGGCGUUGGGAUCGGCAAAAUGGUUUCCAUGGCCAUUUGCAGUGACACAUGGGUUGUGGUGGGCAUUCUUGUACGCAAUGUUCCUGGUCGAGAAGGCAUUUGGAAGGGUACCCUCCGGCGUUUAUAGCUGUAGGGUGUUUCUGGACCACACAAUAGCGACGACCAAGGCGCCAAGAUUGUUCUUGUAUUCAAAGACAGAUGAUAUAAUCGGAUGGGAAGAUAUUGAGGCCAAUGCAGCGCAGGCGCAGUCUAGUGGUUAUAAAAUAGACCUAGAAAUGUUUGAGGACUCCCCACAUGUUGGACACAUGAGGAUGCACCCUGUUCAGUAUUGGAGUGCGAUAGAAAGAUGUUGGAAUACCUCGAUGGAAUUGGAAUAUGGUGGGAAAUCAUAAACAAGAAUGUCCUUGGUGCGAAUGAGGCAUGCAGAUAUAUCGAUCUGUUAACUUAAUAGGAGAUGGCCAUUUAUCUUCGUUUCCUAGUUGGCGAUUUAGAGUGGGCGUCGGGGUUAGAGGCCCGUCGAUUAUAGACCAACAGUUGAUUCCGAAUGGGGUAUACGAAUAAUUAAUUUAAUAUAUCUACCAAAAUUCCCAGCUAAUUACCUAUAUUUAAUUUGCAUCCUAGACGGAAGAGGUUUACCAUAUAAGUUUUGAAGUAUUCUCUAGGAAAU